GGGAGCAUCCUUCCAUGUAUCCGAGGGGCGGUCUUUUCCCCACUGGGGCACCGCCGACGCCGCAGCAGCAGCAGCAAAAUCAGCAGCACGGUACUCAUCCGCAGGGAUUGUUUGGCAUCCAAUCCUCCAUGGGAACUCCGCACCACCGACCGCAGUACGCCAUGCCAAAAUACUUUGAUUUGAGCACGUCUGCGCCUCAUAUUCCGACAACAAACCCUACCACACCGCAUAUUUCCACGUAUGUGCAUCCACAGCCACAACCACAAGAACACCAGCAUCAAGGACAACAGCUUCAUCCCCAUCAACCACAGCCGAACCAAGAGUCUUAUCAGCAACCCGGGGUACAAACACAAUUUAUUCGACAACAACAGGAAGAUCCCUAUCAACAGCAUGAACAAAGACAAACGUAUAAACAACAGCAUCCUCUACAUCCGCAGGUCCCACUCUCCCCACCAACAUCAGGUUACGAUAAAGGAGAACCCAAUCAACUUUUUCAUCAUUCAUUUCAGAACUCGGUACCGGGCCAUCCAAGAGGGUACCCUUACUGA